AUGCACGCACUAACACUUAUCUCGCUUGCUGCAGUUUUAUGCCUUGCUUUGGCUCAUCCACAUGGUGAUCGGCGACCUGAGCUAAAACCUGCUCAUGAACUUCUUCACAGACCCGAUCGCAAACCUGGACACGGUGAUCAUGAUUCUGACUCAAAAGAACAUGGCAAACAUAUACUCUUCCCCGGAUUCUGGUUUGGUGGUCACCAUGGAAAACCACGUCCUCCACGUCCAUCACGUCCUACGCGUCCACCAUGCACAACUCGUCCUAAACCAACAAAACCUACAAAACCCACAGAAGGGACAACUCAACAACCAACUGAACCCACAGAAGGGCCAACUCAACAACCAACUGAACCCGAAAUUACUACUACAGAAGCAAUUAUUGUUGAAGUCACUACUCCAGAACCAGAACCACAACUUGUCGAAGAAACAACUGCUGCUGAAUAG